AUGAUGUGGAAUACGACAGCAACCAUGGAACCAAAAGUUCCGGAUUUGUACGAGUUUUUGGCAGAAGCCGAAUUGCAGCAGUAUUACAACUCUUUGAAGAACGAACUGAAAAUAACCAACGUUACUCAUCUGAAGUACGCAACCGAUGAAGAUUUGCGGCAAGUAAGCGGACUAUCCCGACCGGAAAUCAGGCGUCUGCGGAAGUUUUACGAAAAGUAUUACCCGCACGGAUACCUAAACAAGAUACGCCGUUUGCUGCAAACACCGCGCAAAGAUGAAAACAGUGCCAACAGUCCGACCUCCGGUGUGGAACCGAUUAAAGUGUGUCCAUCACCGAGCAAGAUACCGAACAACAAACAUAUCAUACCGCCCGAUGCGAUUUGUGUAAACAAGCAGCUGGGUACGGGUGAGUUUGGCAUUGUGCAACAAGGCGUGUGGACGAACGGGUCCGAAAGAAUACAGGUAGCUAUCAAAUGCCUUUGCCGCGAGCGCAUGCAAUCCAACCCGAUGGAGUUUCUCAAAGAGGCGGCAAUGAUGCACUCUAUCGAACAUGAAAACAUAGUACGGCUGUACGGCGUAGUGCUCGAUACGGAAUCACUGAUGCUUGUGACUGAACUAGCGCAUCUGCGCUCACUGUUAGAGUGCCUCAAAGACCCGGGUCUACGGGUGAGCUUUCUUACCGUACCUACGCUGUGUGAGUUUUCGUCUCAGAUUUGUAACGGAAUGAUGUACUUGGAAAACAAACGCUUCAUACACCGUGAUUUGGCAGCUAGGAACAUUCUUGUGUUCAGUAAGAACAAGGUAAAAAUUUCCGACUUUGGUCUGUCCCGCGCGCUUGGUGUCGGAAAGGACUACUAUCAAACGAACUUCAACGUUAAUCUGAAGCUGCCGAUUGCAUGGUGCGCCCCGGAAUGCAUCAACUUUCUGCGCUUUACCCAUGCCUCGGACGUUUGGGCGUACGGCGUCUGUCUGUGGGAAAUAUUCUCCUACGGCUUUCAACCGUGGGCUGCGCUGACCGGCCACCAAAUUCUGGAAGCCAUCGACGAACCACACUAUCAGCGGCUCGAGAAACCGGAAUGCUGCCCAAAGGAGUAUUACGCGUUGAUGCUGAAAUGUUGGCAACACGAUGCCUUGAAGCGGCCCAAGUUUAAUGAGAUUUUUUCGAUGCUUCCCGAUAUUAAGCCGGAACAGCUGAAGACAAUCGUUGCGUUCAGUGAACCCAAGAAGGACUAUCUCAUGUACCGGCAAGGAGAAAUUAUAACCGUAUUGGAUAAGAAUAACAAUGCGCCAUACUGGAAGGGUGUCUUGAACUCGGGCAAAACGGGCCUGUUUAAUCCUGCCAAUACCGUCGCAUACCUGGACAGCUUGCCUUCGUCAGUGAAUCGGGACAGUUUGUGUAGAACGGCGGAAAGAUCUAGCAAGCGCAAAAUACGUACCGAUAUGAUCUCCCGGCCGCAAAACGAUCUGAAACACACUGGACACGUCGGUAUCGAUGGCGUUUCUUUUGGAGACGUUGCCUUUCUCUCUAGUCCACAAAACCUUCCACGCCAAAUUGUGACACCGUACAAGCCUUCUGAGGAUCUGGAACAAACUCCAUUACUCCUUCCCCCAACACCAACUAGCCCGGAUUCGAUACAGACUGCAAGUGGCUACUUUUCGGAAACGCUUCAGCUCACUGGCCAUCAAUCAUUUAUAAAUGCAGGCGAAAAUAGCCAUCACAUUAUCGAUCAUGGCGGUGGUAAUACCGUGGUAAGCAUGACGACCAGUGCAUUCGAUUUUCGCAACAGUGGUUUUAAGGACUCAAAUCCAUUCAUCAAUGCAGACGACAAUGGAGAUCAUCAUGCUGCGAUUGUUACAACGUCAUCACGGGAUGGCCAAAAUCAGCACGAGUAUCAUGAAAUUUCCGAUGACGAUAUGGCCACGGAGAAAGUGUUUGAUCAAGGACCUUCCUUGAUGGACGAAAUGGAACACGUGUUCAAAUCCAUGAGUACGAUUUCCGAACAGGGCGUGCCGCUGUCGCCGGAUGCCGAAAACACAAACAUGCGCAACGAGCUCGCAGAACUUUCAUCGAAAAUGAGUCGUAAAAAUAGUUCCUCCGCCAGUUCAGGAACGAUCGGCAACAAAAGCGGUGGCAAAUCGAAGGCCAAAAAAACUAGCACAGUAAAGCCAAUAUCGAUGAAGGAUGAGAAACUGUUAAAUCAAGUGAUAGAAAUGGCGAACGAAAUAAGUGCCAAAUCCAUGACUGACCUAGUGACGGAUGCUAGCCAUCAAACGUCGAGCCCUAAGAGAAAAUUUAGCUUCCGAUUCCCUCAUAUCCACAACGUAGUCGGAGGUGACGGUUUACGCGGAUCUUCGCACAGUAGUAUUGCUGGCAAUCAAUCAAACGUUUCUGGUUUGAACACUGGAAGCUCUUCGCAUGCAGGACGUGGUUUGAUACAGGAUAAAGAACACGGCGUAUUGUCCAGCUCUGGACAGCAUCAUCCUCACAGCUCGAAUACGCUGGCAAACUCAUACCGAGAGAAACGCAACUUUUCUCAGGAAGUAAACAAUGUGCCAGACUUACAGCGCUACCGUUCACUGACGGGGAUAGAACGUUGCCAGUAUAGCGAUAUCAAAAUACCACUGUUCGAUAAAGAAACGUCCGAUUUUUGUUUUAAAAAGUCUCGCGAAUUGUUAAGCAAACAGCCGUUUCAUAUCACGAACGACAUUUCCUCGGGCACGGGCAAGCUAAACGGUAGCAAAACACUCGACAAGAAAACACGUGAUUUGAUCGGAGAAAAUUUGCUCGACAUCGAGAAAACGCUUAAUGCACUGAACCUAGAUUUUCUGCAGACAUAUCACGAACUGGAAAAGGCUGAUUCGGCCGAAACGCUUUUUGUCGAAUGUUACUCCUCGAUGAUGUGCUCCUCGUCAUCACCGUUCCAGAAAAGUCCCCCGUCAGGAUCGUUGAUAAGAAAUUCUUCCCUGGAACUGUCGAAUUCACGCCCCAAUUGCACGCUAAACGAGAAAGGUUCAUCCGGCUCAUCGUCACUGGCCAGCAAGAGUCCGCCAGCGCUUAAUUUAGGAGCGAAUGGUGCAAGCGUUCCAACCGCUACUAGCGUUAGUCGUUGCUACUCGGAAUUAAACGGAACGUCCCCCAAACCGACGAUGCAACAGGAUCACAACAACAAAUAUGGCAUUCGUGAUUUUAAAUUCCGUUCGUUCGAUGCCCGACCCAAGGAACGGUCCGACUACUAUAACUUCAAAAACGAAUACCUCUCGGAGCUGACGCGCAAGCAACAGAGUCAGGUGCUUGGGUCGGCUUCAGUUUUGCAGCAAACUGCUGCCGCCGGUAGCAAGCAGCAGCAACAACAUAAGAUCAGUCAGUUGUACCAAAUUUACAACACUCCAAUGCAGGGCCGAAAAUACGAAGAUGGCACAUCCCCAAUUACUAAAACAUCCUCAUCCUCAGUACGACAACGUUCGUUAUCUUUUACGGAAAACUACGAAUUUAAGCCAUCGGUUACAUCCAAAAGUGAUUCGAUUGUAAAACCACAGAAUGAAUCUCAACAACCGGCACCGCCUGUGGCCGCAACGCGCAACGUCAUCACUUACAAACCCAAAAGCAUACGCGCUAGGAAUUUGCGACGCCUCAGCUACAAUCCUAUAAACAUGGUGGACAGCUCGUCGUCCAGCAGCGAGAGUGAGUUCGAUCGAAAUCUAGUUCAUUCCGAAUGUGACAUACGAUCCCGGCUUCAUACGACGGCUUCACGUCGACGAAGACAUCAAUACAUGACUCGGAAGUCGAACAGCAAUAGCGCAAGCAGUCAGGAUAAGCUGUACGGGUCGAAUGCAAGCAUCAAAAGUGCUCCCCAGUACAAUUACCAUAGCGAUCGUCGCCAGUAUUACAAUCAUUUCCAACAUCCUUCCUAUCAUUAUGCAGACGAUUUUGGGGCAGCAGACAACGACGAGGAAGACGAAAGCAUUUACGACUUCAGCUUACGUCAUGGUCGCUUACAAUCGGAAGGAAAAGGAACAACAUCCACACAUAAUCUACCGACGAGCACGGGCACAGCGACAACCGCGUCCUCGGCUCCGUCGUCUGGCAUGAUGCCGGCUACUUCACCGCCCGCUUCCGCACCGCUAGUUGGUGGUGGCAAAUUUGUCGUACCCGAACCUAUUAGCUACACGAACAAAGCUCUCGAGAGAGAAUAUCUAUACUCGGAGUUUGACGUCACGAAACUGACCGGCAAAAGCCCUACUACCCAAAGUUACUUCCCGACGGGAACUACUGCUGGGUCGGGACAACAACAAGAAACCCAACCGGCCAUGAUUCCCGUGACGGCAAAAACGAACCCAUCCACCCCCAGUGCUGGGAAGGCCCCAACAAUUGCCGCACACUUACAGGCGCAACCGCAGCCCGGAUUUCAGUGGCCAGAGAAAAUUCACGGUGCAGUUGUCAAGCACAAUGAUAUGCUCUGGAGACAGCAAAGCGUCGUACAAAAGCAACCGGUAAACAUAUUCAAAGGAGUUGGGCAGAACGAGAAGCACUACUCCAGUGAUACGUCGUCUACUGAAACGGACUCGAUCGAUUUCCAUCGUCCAGUGGAAUGUAUACCCAUCAUGCCUCCCUCUCCAGCCCCGUGA